AACAUUAAAUUUUUAGGCAACACUGCUCGUGUUUUGCUGCUUAUCAUUUUUAUCAUAAUUAUUUAUGAAUUUUGUAAACGUUCCUCUUGUCUCGCAUUGAAUUUGAGUAUUUUUGCUUCGUUCCCUUUAUUUUCUGUAAAAUUUGAUGAAUUUAUCUUUAUUUCAUUAGAAAACGGUCAAACGUGAUUUACAAUGCUUCGUCGAAACCCAACCAGAAUCGAAUUGAAAUUGGACGAUAUAUCUGAAUAUACCGAUGUUCGAGACGCUGAGAUAAAAAAAGAAAAAGCAGCUGUAGCAGCGAGUUCAACCCUCAUAAUUUCUCAAAGAGGUAGACAAGAAAUAAUACAAGAUAGAAUAGGAUAUGUUCCUCAUCCCAGGCCAUCGGCGUAAUUUUUUCUAUUCGUAUGUUACUUUUAAUGCAUUUCGUUUAUUUAUCUACCGAUUUUGUAAACUUUUUAUUUUUUUUUCGAAACGUCUUGUAACGCAAUAAAAUAUGUAAUAUUGCGUGAGUUUUUUUUUCUAUUUCACCUAGUUCCUACACGAAUAUAGUUAUAUCCUUGCUAUACUGGAGAUAAAUCAUUUACAGGUAAUUGAGCAAAGUGUAAAAUACUUGGUUUUUGAAGAUAAACAAUUUGAUUCAUGGUGGGUGAUUUUUUUCGAUUGAAAAACAAAGCGAUAUUUUACGUUGUUCGGGUCUAAGAUUUGCUAUUUAUAAGCCGGAGUUUUCCUUAAAAUUUUUAGUUUAAACUUUUAACAUCUUGUGUAAAUUUGUGGUGACUUGAGAUCGUAUCCUUUUGUACAACUUGGUGCUUGAAAUUUUCUUGUUUAAAUGGCUGUUGGUAUAAAAUUCAUUUUCGGUGCGAUUUCAAUUUUAUUGGCUUUGGUUUGGAUAAACGGAUUUAAUGGUUCAAUAAAUGAUAGAUUUGAUCGUUUAAGUAAUCUUCGCAUUGCUUCAAAUCCACUAUAUUCUGAUUCGGAUACGUUAAAGCAAUCAAAUAACACAAGAGUCGAUCGUGAAAUUCAACGCAAUGUGAUUUACGAAAGAGACGAUUCUCGUAUAUUUAAUUUUCCUAGAAACACUUUGAACCUAAAUCUGCGAUCCUAUUUUCGCGAAAAAGAUAUUCAAAUUGAUGACAGUUUCGCUCGAAGUCGACUACUUGAACAAAUACGUUCCCGAAAUUUCGAUACUGAUCGAAGACAAUUUGAAAUUCAUCGUGUGAGAAGAGUAUUCGCUUCUCCCGAAUCAAAAAGACGAGAACGAGUAUCCGAAAAUUUCCGAUAUCGUUUGAAAAAAUCACCAGUUGAUUCUUUCGAGCGGACUCGUUUCGAUGGAAGAAAUUUGUAUAGGGAAGAAUUUCGAAAUAUGGAAAGAAGUCGAAAAUUUGAUCGCAUUGAGCGAGAUUAUUUUAGAAUCGAAAGAGACAUGCAGCUGUUUCGUCGACAAAAUCGAGUUCUAUCAUCGAGGCGGGUAGAUUCUAGAAUGGAUAGGGUAGAAGAUCGGAGAACUGAAAGAGAUACCAAAAUUUCACGAGGAAGAUUUAUCGUUCGUGCUGUAGGAAAUAAUUUCGAAAAAUUUUUUCAAUACGUUUGGGAUUUGUGUUUGAUGAUUAAUUCUUUUCUGGCUGGAAUUUCGAGUUACCUAUUUACCAUAAUUGCUGGAUUAUUCAUUUUUGAUACUGUUGGUCAGUUUAUACCGGUUAAAUUCACCGAAGAGAAAGGAUUUUCAAGUCUAUUUCGUAAUUUUGGCUCUGUCACUGGUAACGUGAUGGUUCAUUAGAGCUACAUGGAUGGGAUUUUCAUUUUUCAAGCAUUAUAGUUGUAAAAAAUGUUAUUUAUUGUCAUUAUUAUCAUUAUAUCUAGAUAUUAUUACUGAUGAAUAAUAAAAGCAGAUUGAAAAUGAUCCGGUUUAGAAUGUGUAUUUUUUUAUUUUCAAGAAAUCGAUGCCUUUUUUAAUGCAUUUAGGCAACUCUUUCUACUUGAACAAAAAUUAUAUCAACACGAUGAAAAAAGAAAUUUGUUUCUCCUCAAUUGGUAACAUUGUGACUUUAAAAAUUAAAAAAAAUAUUUGAUAAGAGAAAUGCAAAGUGAUUAGGACUUGAAAAAAAAACACGGCCGAUUUUUUCUUCUUUUUAAUUGAUUUAUUAAAAUAUUUAAUGAGUUAUCGUUUGUAAAAAUGUUCAAAAAACCGACAGAAUUGCCACCAGAACCCAAAUUAAUUUCUGGGAAACAAAUAUGUGAAGAUCUUUCAGUUCCUGAACAAGAUCCUCUGUAUUCAGAUGCAGUCAACAAAAUUAUUUGCGUUUCAAGUUCAACUGAUUCGAAUCCCAAAUCCGAUAGCUUUAAUCCUAAGUCGUUUCAGUUAAUUGAUAAGAUACUGAAAGUGAAGGAAGAUAUGAUUUCGGAAAGAGAACUACUUACGAAAGAAAUUGAUAGUUUAUGCAUUAUUGCUUCUGAUUUGAAAAAUGUACAAGAACAUAUCGAAGAAAUUGGCGAACCGUUACGAGAAGUGUCUUAAAUGUUCUAUUUUGAAUCUAUUUUCAUGUUGAUCUUAUUUUGUACUGUUUGUUGACGUUUUUAUAAUAUACCCAUCUGUUUUGUUUUGCUGUGUA